GACGCGCGCAUGCGCCACAAAUGUAUAACCACAAGGUCAAAGGCACGUGCGUCUACCGGCUGUCAUUCAGGAGUCUGUCCGUGGAUAGAGUUUAUCUAACUACCUUCGCGCUUGUUUGCGACCUUAUAAGAAUAAUUGGGGAUUGAUUGCGGUUACGAUCUACUUUUGGAAUGGCAAGAGGAAGUCGCAGUCGUCCUUCACCAGCACAAGCAAGUGCUCCUGCCCCAUCCUAUGCCCCAGCCCCCGCACCACCACCUCCUCCGAUGGCAAUGGCCCCUGCCAUGGCCCAGCCCAAGCAGCCAGGUCUCAUGGCCCAGAUGGCCACCACAGCUGCUGGAGUGGCAGUCGGCUCGGCCGUAGGGCACGUGAUGGGCAGUGCUAUCACAGGUGCUUUCAGUGGAGGCAGCAGCAGCAGCUCAGAGGCACCCAAACCAGCACCCACAUAUCAGGUGAUACCUGAAAAAUAUUUCUAAAACAUAUUUCUCGGUGAAAAACAUUUUUGACGAAUCAUCACAACUUGUUUUUUUACAGAGUGUAACACUG